UGCGGCUCUUUAUUCUCCGUUGUUUUGCUUUGUCAUAUGCCUAUUUCCUUGUUUUGACUAUUCUCUUGUUUCCUAUUGUGCUCCUGCGGCUGUACUCUUGUUCAAGUUUGAAUGGUAUUUUUCACGUCUUUGGGAUUGCUUCAUUCUUUAUUCCAUCAAUUCAGUAAUAUGAACCCCUGGUACACCUUACCCGCGAAGAUUUGACCUACUUUCGCUCGUUUUUCGGAUUCCAAUCUUUUCAAAAUAGAUCUUUCCUUUUAUUAUUUUCUAUCGGGGGUAGAAUUCAACAACAUCCAAAUGUUCAUAUUAGUUUUAUUCUCACACCUCCUUCUAUUCUCCGAGGCCUCGGCGGCCGGUCCGCUGAGGCGAGGGGAAAGGUACGUCCUUGAAGGGAUAGAACGAGUUAAUAACGGCCAACUAAUACGAUAUAGACUAAGAUGGCGAGAUGUUGGAGGGUCUUCAAAUGUGUAUAAGUUCGCCAACACUACUAGCGCAUCCAUUCCAACGUCAGUAGUUAGCGAAACAUCAGCAUCAGCAUCCUCAUCUCAACAUUUAACUACAUUCUUAACGACAGACAGUGCUUCGCUUUCGUCAUCGACUGCUACUCUAUCGAGUAAUAGUGAUGUCUCAUCCGUGGCCGGCCCAAGCUCUACCUCUAUAUCCCGAUCAUUUACUCUCAUAGAGAGCAAUACCAUACCGACUAUCAGUAUCUUUCCAUCCUCCACUGUACUAGUGGGGUCACCUUCUGGUACAAAUUUGGCCGUCUCAAGCUCAAGUGCGGCUGCAUCGUCGCCCAGCUCUAACGAAACCCCCACGGUGGAUUCUACUCAACUCUCCAUGUCGACUUCGCUAUCACUUCCACUCACCCCGUCAUCCUCAACUCUCUCAGACGCCGAAUCCAGUACCAAACAGAGUGAGGUUAGCCAACCGACUCCAAGCAGCUCCGCUAUAUCUUCUAGUUCCACUCGAGCCACCACCAUACCUUCAAAUACCGAGGUCGCCAAUCCAUCUACACCUCUGAGUACCAUGAGUGCUAGUGAUUCGGCUAGCUCUUCUGCCUCAUUAGUCGCCACAUCCACGCCAUUAGCUUCGUUCGCAUCAGUCGUGAAGUCAUCAUACGUGUCUCAUUCAGUAUCAGCGACAGGCACGGUCAAUAACGACAUUCCUACUAUUAUUAGUUCUACCCCGACCUCAACAACGACGGUGUCACCCAAAGUUCUAGCCAGCAACCUAGCCGAUGCGAAACAGUACAACCAAAUCUUUGCGGGGUUAACAGAAGACUCGGCUUGCACGGAAGGACAGGUUGCCUGUGUGAAUGGGAAUAUUGGCAGGUGUACAAGUGCUGGCUCGUUCGAGAUCAUCCCUUGCGCCGACAAUUUAACAUGCUAUGCCCUACCUAUGAAUACAAUUGUUGGCGUUCAGAUUGGUUGCUGGGAUGAUGCUACUGUUGCAAAGGCUUUGGGCGGCGAUGUACCGCCUGCAGGUAGCUCAACAUCGGCCAGUUCAUCCACGAGAUCUCCCGGCAGUCUAAUCACUGUGACUAUCACGCCAACCUUCACCGAGACAGCCCAAACUACUCUAACUGUUGGCUCGUCUACAGAAUCCGCGACCACGGCCCCAAUCCCAACAGAAGCCCCUCCAAAAACAGUAACUGUUACCUACAUACCUUCCACCUUUAGCACCAAGACCCGAUCUACGAGCUCGCUUCCUACAAUAGUUACAGAGACCGUCACUGUGACGCCGUCAAGCGCAGGAGGUUCGGCGGAUACGUCGACUUCGCCACCUCAAUUGCCGCCUACGAGCGCAUCUUCCGUGGAGCAAUCUACAUCCACUGAUUCAGGCCUUCACGUUAUUCCCAUUGAGACGGACAUCGGUAAUAUUAUUCCUGGCUUUGGCGAUGACGAUUCGGGUGUGCCCUUUUUUACAAGCGCAAAUCGUGUUGGGUUCACAGCCCCGGUCACGGUAACCGUGACAGAAAAGGAGACAGUAACGACUACCACAACUGCUACAGUACGGGCUUAGCGGUACGCAGGUAUUGAACUCACACGCUGCGUAAUGCCUUCUUGUGUAAUGAUUUAGCGGGGAGUUUGGGGUAGGUUGGCAUUUAUCUUGUUCUCAGAUGGUUUAUUAUAAAAUGUUGGAAAUAUUCAUGCCCUUCUUACUCAUAGAUAUUUUAAACUUACAUUAUUUUAAUAACAUAGAGUUAAUUACCGACUGCUAUCUUGCCA